AUGCAGUUGUUAGGGUGCGAUGUUGCCGCCCUGAAUACUGUCCAUUUCAGCAACCACACUGGCUACAGGCAGUUUAAAGGCACACGGUCAACAGCUCAAGAGAUUAGAGACCUAUAUGAGGGUCUCUGCCAGAGCCAUCUCACGGAUUUUGAUGUCAUGUUGUCGGGUUAUGCCCCCAGUGCUGCGGCAGUAGAGGCAAUAGGGGCUAUCGGCUUAGAUCUGCAGCGCAAGGCCGAGUCAAAUCCUGGCUCAUUCUUUUGGGGUAUGCGCAAUCCUAUCCUCGUCGAGCUGCCCGCUAACGGUGAACGGAGCACAGUCCUAGACCCUGUUAUGGGCGACCAGGGCCGGCUAUAUGUCAACGAUGAUGUAGUGCCCGAAUAUAAAAAGAUCAUCCACCACGCUGAUCUGAUUCUCCCCAACCAAUUCGAAGCCGAAGUCCUCUCCGGAAUCAAGAUCACCUCCCUCAGCACCCUCGCCGAGGCCAUCACUGCCAUCCACGCCACCUACUCCAUCCCCCAUGUCAUCAUCACCUCUGUCCGCAUCUCCCUGUUCUCGUCAUCCCCAGAAGCGACCACCGACAGCCUAACCGUUAUCGGCUCCACCAUCAAAUCCGACGGCUCCCCUCGGCUCUUCCGCGUUGACGUCCCCGCCCUCGACUGCUUCUUCAGCGGAACAGGCGACAUGUUCGCAGCCCUGACGGUCGCCCGGCUCCGCGAGGCUGUGUUCGCCGCCGACUCCACCCUCCGCUCGACUAAAUCGUGGGUUUCCCCGGAUGACGUCAAAGCCACUGAUCUACCGCUUGCCAAGGCCACCGUGAAGGUUCUGGCGAGCAUGCACAGUGUCUUGGAAAGGACCCUGGAAGCGCGCGAUGCGGAGCUCCGGGCCGCUGCGUCUGCGGAAGAGACUGAACCGGGCUUGAGUGAGGAGGAGAAGCAGAAGAGGGAGUACUUGCGGCGGACGAAAGCCGCCGAGGUGAGGGUUGUGCGAAACGGGCGGUUCCUGCGGGAGCCGGAUGUGGAGUUCCAGGCGCAGGAAUGGAAAAAGGAAGAUCUGCCUGAGGGGCUUCAAUAG